AUGCCGCCUCUGACUGACGGCGACCUCUACAGCACCUUGGGUGUGUCGCCAUGCGCGUCAGACCCGGAGAUCCGGUCGGCCUACAAGCGCCGGGCCCUGGCAACGCACCCGGACAAGGGAGGACUUGCGGAGGACUUCUUGCAGGUGGUCAGCGCUUUCGAAAUCCUCACGGACACAGCGCGGCGCAGAGUAUAUGAUCAACGCCACAAGCCCAAGCCCAAACACAAGCGAAAGGAAAGCAAGGCCGACGCCAAGGCCCAAGCCAAGUCUGACGCGCAGGACCCAACCUCGGACGCGCGUGCGACGCAUGCGGCAGCUGCGAAGCCGGAGGCGCAGGUGGACUUCCGCGGGCUGCUGCGCAAGCUGUUGGGCGCCAAGAAGGUGGACGUGAAGCGAGUGGAGCUCAGCGCCCUGCACCUGCAGGAGUUCUUGGGAUUCUUGAAGUCUGAAACAGAACCUGGACAUUGCGAUGCGGAGUCCGGCCUCGAAGAAGACAGCGAGGACAUGCUGGCGCUUUGCGACGAUGUGAGUGAGGAAGCCGCGCAUGAAAAGGCGGUAGAAAGCAGCCAAAAGCACGCCGCCAGGACAACCUUGAGGGGAGUGAACUGGAGAUCCCCGGGGUACAUGGCCAGUGUGGGCUUCAGACACUUGAAUGUGUACUCCCAUUUGGUGCACGACUUGGAUGCAGCUAUCGACAUGCACAUCAGCCUGGUGCGGCUGCGGCAAGGAGUUUGUGACCAGCUGAUUGCUGGCAUUGACCACUACCAGGCGCUAAGGCAUGGCUUGGACACGAUGGAUGCCGAGCGGCGGGCUGCAGGGCUUGUCAAAAUGCGACUGCGCUUCAACACCUACUACCGCGGGAAGAAGACCCCAAGGACUCAGGACUUAGACGAAGUUGUUCGCCAGUGGGCCAACGCUGAGCAACAAUUCGCCCAAGCGCAGCUGGCGCGGAAGGAGAAGAAGCGGAAAUUGGAGCAGAUCCGCGCAGAGCUGACGCAGCAGAAGCAGACCGAGAGAGAGCACCAGAAGAAGGAGAAGGACAGGCAGGUGCGACAGCAGCACAUAGAACAGCUUCGGAGGUGGGUGGAGGAGAUGUUCCAGCAGCACCUGCGAAGUCGCUUCCAGGUCUCAGAGCUGCCGGAGGGCCUGCGGCUCGCCAGCUUCCAGGGAGAUGCGGACUGUGUCUGUGCCCAGCUACAUUUGCAUGGGGCUAAGCAGCUUGGGCCCUAUCGCCGCUCUGUCAAGGAGGCCUCUAGAGACCUGCUUCAGCUUUCAGCUCUGCAGCAGCGCGGCGACGAAGUCGCGCUGCGUGAGUUGAGACGCAGGGACACCGAGGCCAUGACGGCAUUUUUCAUGGAGACGAUGAAGUGA